AUGGUCCGAGGUUCAUCGCCGGGGCGCCGUUCUUGCGGAAUACCUCCGCAACAACCUGCGGCUAUCGUUGAUCAUCGGCGCGGUGGCUAUCCCGCCGUUUCCAGCGGAAUCUCAUUCGGCGGCGGGCAGCAGCGCGUAGGCAAUCUCGCACAUACCCCCUACAAUGCCGCCAUCCUCGAUGCCGUGAAGAAGUCUACAACCAUGUGUCGCAUCGCGAAUUUUGCCAACAGUGCGUACCCUUACGCGGGGAGCACCCUCCACCGCUUCUACAACACCACUCUCGUCGCAUUGUGCUCGCUGGACCCCUCCCUUCAGCGCAACUUCAAGGGCAGCGCGUUUGCGUGUGCGACUUGGAAUCUUGGGCCGCGGGCAAUCGCGCACGUCCACACCGACCACCUUAAUCUUGCGUGGGGCAUGUGUGCCAUCACAGCUCUGGGCGACUACGACCCGAAGUUGGGGGGUCACUUGAUUUUGUGGGACCUGAGACUCAUCAUUGAGUUCCCUCCAGGGACAACCAUCCUCAUCCCCUCAGCGAUCAUCCGUCAUUCAAAUGCCCCCCUCGCGAGCCCCGACGAGCAUCGCUAUGCCCUCGUUCAAUACUCUGCGGGGGGACUCUUUCGCUGGGCUGAGUGUGGUCAUCAGACGCAGAAGAAUUUUCAACAGGCUGGCGGUGCGUAUGCACAGACGGGCAGGGAGCGAUGGGCUGGUGGCGUUAGUAUGCUGGGUCGCUGGGACGAGUUGUCCGCCUCUAGAGUAUAG